AUGUCUUCACCCACUUCUACUCGAACUGGAUCAACAGUAUCAGCGCCUCCAGCUGAUGAUGGCCCUUCACGGGUGUUUCAAAUAACCAAGCGGCUUAUGCAACGCCACUAUGAAAUCAGCUCAUCGGAUGGCAAGCCUCUGUAUUACGGAGAUAUCUCAUUGUUUACCCCCAACAAGCCCGACCUCACACUUCAUGUUGGCGCGGGCAGCCAAGGUCCUGUUGUGGCCGUCUCCAACUUUUUAAAGUUCUCCGGAAACUACAAGCUUGGUAUCGGGAACCCAGACAACAUGAACACUGUCCAGUGGGAAGAUAUGACUAAAGAGGUUCUUCAUAAACCAAAAUACCGAUUGGAAAUGACUUUGCAACAUGGCGCAGGUCGAAACGCAAGUGAAAGGCGAACGUUCUUAUGGAAGCGAACACGCAGCGUUGGCGUUGAGGACGCCACGCCAUCGAAAUGGACUGUUCGGAACUAUAAGCUUGUGGACGAACAAACGGGGCAGGUCAUGGCUGUAUUUUCGGGCGGGAGAAGACCGGGUAGGGGGGAAAGAUCGAGAUCAGGGUAG